AUGGGCACAUCAAGAGGCAUUGUCAUGGGCUUUGACCUCUCUGCUCUCAUCACCCCUGUGGAAGGCCUUGACAUUCUCACCAAACCUUUUGAAAAAGGUGAAAUGGACAAGGUGGUUCAGCAUAUGCCUGUGGAUAAAGCUCCAGGUCCUGAUGGCUUUAAUGGCCUGUUUUUCAAAAAGUGCUGGCAUCUAAUUUCUCAGGACUUUUAUGAGCUAGCUCAGGAAUUCUAUGAGGGUGGUGCUAUCUUAGAUAACAUUAAUGAUUCCUUCAUUACUCUUGUACCUAAAAAGCUUGCACCUGAAGAGUGCCACCAAUCUAGGAGGCCAAUUGUAAUCCUUAAAUUAGAUUUUGAAAAGGCUUUUGAUUCUCUGGAAGAUGAGGCUCUUUUUCAGAUUCUUAGGCAUAAAGGUUUUAAUGAGAAAUGGAUUCUCUGGAUGAAGCAGCUGCUGGGUACUGGUACUUCCUCAGUUCUUCUUAAUGGUGUCCCUGGGAGAAAAUUUGUUUGUAAAAAGGGGGUCAGGCAGGGUGAUCCUGUCUCUCCACUUCUCUUUGUUAUUGCUGCUGAUCUGUUGCAAUCUGUUAUCAAUGACAUGUUCAGAAGAGUAAUUCUCCAUCUGCCUAUCCCUUGUCAUGACCUGGAUUACCCUGUGAUCCAAUAUGCAGAUGAUACUUUAAUCAUCUUACCUGCUGAUAGGAUUCAGCUCCUGGCCUUGAAAGAUAUGCUUCAAGUGUUUGCUCAGUCCGCUGGCCUUGAUGUCAACUACCACAAAUCUUUCCUCAUCCCCAUAAAUGUUGAUCCUAUUGUCAUGAAUGAUCUUGCUGCUGCUUUUGGUUGCCAGAUAGGAAAGAUGCCUUUCACUUAUCUUGGGCUGCCACUAGGAACCACAAUGCCCAAAAUGGUGGACAUUAUGCCUUUGGUGGACUAUAACUGGAAUAUUGGUGAUGAGGUCUCUCUUCUUCAAUCAACAUUUCCUAGGUUAUUUUCUUAUGUUAAGGACCCAUGGAUUACAUUCAAGGAGUUCUUCAGUUCUCAGGAUAUUGUACAGCAUUUUCAUCUCCCACUGUCUGCUCAGGCUUUUGGAGAAUUGGGCAUGAUUCAAUCUAUGAUGGAUUCUCAUAGCAGAGUAUCUGGCUCUAAGGAUGUGUGGUUUUGGCAGAACUCUUCCAAGCAGUCUAGACCCAAGAUGUUUUACACCAACACAUUCCAAUCUGAAACCUUUAACCCUCUGCUCUGUUGGAUAUGGAAAUCAUCAUGUACUCUCAAGAUUAAGGUGUUUGCUUGGAUGCUCUUCAUGGAUAGGCUGAAUACAAAGGAUAUGGUGGAAACAAGGCAUUGGCACAUGGAGGAUGGUGUGCAUUGUAGACUCUGCCCCCUGCAGGUUCGAGAGACCAGGGAUCAUCUCUUCUUCAACUGCAAUUUCAGUGUUCGUGUCUGGAACUACCUGCAAAUUGAUUGGCCUGCAGGGAACUCUAUGUCUGAUGUGGCUAUUCAGGCUAGGAAUGAUUUUGACAAGCCUUUUUCUUUGAAAUGGCGUUCACUGCAUGUUGGAACAUUUGGAUCAUUCGAAAUGCCAAGGUUUUCAGAAAUGAGAGGGCCAGAUUUUAUAAAUGGUGUGCUGCUUUUAGGCAUGAUAUCUCCUUGUUGCAAUAUAGGAUUAAAUCUGCCUACAAGGAUGACCUUCUCAAGUGGAUCUCUUUCCUUCCCCCUUAAGGCUUAG